AAGGAAAUUUCCAGUCUUUUUUCUUAAGAAACUUGACUAGUUAAAUUAUUACUUUGCAGUCUUGUUUAUUGACAUUUUAUAUAUUCCACCUACAUUAACUAAUCCAUACACAACACUUCCCACUUCACACACAAUUAACAAAAACACAUCACACACAUCAUAUAUUCCAUUUACAUUAACAAAUACAUACACAGUACUUUUAACUUCACACACAAUUAACAAAAAACACAUCACACGCAUCAUAUAUUCCACCUACAUUAACUAAUACAUACACAGCACUUUCAACUUCACACACAAUUAACAAAAACGCACCAUUAUACACAUAUGUUCCACCUACAUCAACUACAUACACAACGCUUUUCACUUCACACAUAUUUAACAUCUACAAUAACAAAAAUUUUUAAGAUUCUUCUGCACCCAUUUUGACAGAUACACGUACAGAUGGAGUCAUUUUUAAUAAUAAUGCACACGAAAUUCCAUUUCAGGCAAAUACGAGAAGCUGUACAAUGCAUAAUAAUCAACAUGUAAAUUAUGAAACAUCAGCACGGACAAGUGAUAUAAAUAAUCGGUCAAUUAACAUGUUGCACGAACGCAUGGAUCGAAUGGAGGCAGAAUUCAAAAGGACGAAUACUUUACUUCAAAAUAUUUUGAAGUGCGUACAACCGAAUAAUCACGGUGUACCACGAAAGCCUGCAGUUCGCCCAAUAUCAUCUCUAGCCGAAAUGGAUGAUUUCGAAAAUAUGAAUGAAGAUGAAUAUAAUGAUGUCGUGAAUUAUCUUCGUUAUAUAGGCGGCUUUAAUUUAAAAGAGGCAGUAAAUCUGUGUCUAAAAGAAACUUUGAAGGAUACUGUAACACCGUCGUUCACAUGGUGGGGCCGCGAAAAGCGUGAAGGAGCGCAACGGCCAUUAUAUAACGCUCGGUUAAUUAUUGCUAUUUAUGACGCUGUAUGUAAAAACCUGCACUUCCCAAAGCCGACUCGUACGGAGUUUCAAACCCAGGCGAAGGAAGCUCUCCGGGCUGCAAAGGAAAGGGCAAGAACCAAGUUGCAAGGUCCACGUGCACGCAUGCCGGUUCCAAGGAAUCGUAAUUUUUGGAACGACGAGCCCGAACGAGAACAAGAAGAGGAAGCAAAUAACAAUUAAUAAUGUUACAGAUACUCCCCUGGAGACGUUGCUACUCACCCUGCUCACCAACAUAGAGGGAAGAAUGACUAGGUCAUCGCGACGACGUUCACGGAACGAAAGAAGAUACAAUCGACAUUUUUUAAUGCCAACCGGUCUCGGUAGAUGCUAAGCUGUGUGAGAAAGUAUUUUGUCUCAACUCGGAAUGUAACAUUGAUCCAAGCAAUCGUUAUGUCCAAUGACGCCGGUUUACCAAUAAAACAGAUGAAGAGAUUACGCACAUUAUCGAGAAUCACAUCAUGUAAAGCACCAACCGUACAUGGACGUGACUUUUUAGUGUGUGUAUCUUUACGUCUGUUUUAUGAGUGAACCGCGGGUUCUUUUUAGCACUGCAUACACCGAAACUGAUUUCAAAAUUAGGUGUUGCGGUAUAACGUUUACUUGGCUCGAUUUUACGUAUUUAUUUUGGGAUUAAACCUUCCUCGCACAGCUCUAGUGGAGAUCAAUCAAUCGGCACUUUUUAGUGCCAUUUAUAUUGAUUCUACGGGAUCAUCUCGGUUAUCGCAAUUGACACUUUUUAAUAUCUUUUAUUGUUUGCGACAUUAAUAUUUGUAACACUUUUGUAAUAGUAACUUCGGAGCAUAGUAACCGAAGCUUCUUGGAUAGUUAAUAUUUCAAAAAAGUGCUACAACACGUUUUUUUAAAUAUUAUUUUUCCUUUAUGUGAUGUCUUUUUGUACCAAUAUAUUCAAAAGCUGUAUAAUGUGCGAUAAAAGAAGUAUUGAUACAAACAGACAUUACUCUCUGUUCUUACGAAAGUUAAAUUUAAAAUUUUGUGUUUUGUUCUGUUUAGAUUUGCCAAAGAGAGAAAGAUUUAGGACUUUGUGACAGAGGUGCAUCUUUUCACUCAAAAGACCAGAGGAGGAUUAACUUGUAAUAUAAAAUACUUUUAAGUUAAAUUACUAAAUUUUAUUUUACAUUUGGAUUUUUCUUUUAUUUGAUAUAUGUUAUAUUUUGUAAAUGAUAUAUAUAUAUUUA